UUAUUUUAUACAGUUAGUAAUGGUACUUAAUAGAAAAGGGCUAGAAACAGGCGAACUUCGCCUUGUCGCUCUGGAGGGAGAGUCGCUAUGGCAACAGUGAAAUCCGUCAACAAACAGCUCAUGGCAGGCGUGAGUCUGGCUCCUCAGAAGGACCACUGGCUGCAGAGGGCGCCCCCGGCAGGUGAUAUAUUUCAGGCUGCGGUGUGUGGAGAUCAAGAAUGGCUCCGGUUCAGCCUAAAGAGAGCACAGUCACCCUCACAGCCAAACAAACAGGGUCUCACUGUGCUGCAUGUGUCUGCUCAGUAUGGCCGGCUGGACUGCAUGAAGCUUCUUGUGGAGUCUCAUUGUGUGGAUGUGAACGCUAGUUGUCCGCGUGGGCGAAGACCCCUGCACAUGGUGCUCAGUCCACAGAGCAAACCACUCUCACAUGCCUGCCUCACAUACCUGCUAGAGCACGGAGCCCAGCACAAUGUAUCCACAGAUGAAGGACUGAGCCCUCUGCAUAUGGCUGCAGCUGAAGGCCUGAGAGAGUGUGUUGAAACACUGGUUGAGGUUGGAGCGGACACACGCGCAUGUGACAGCAGAGGACACACACCCCUGGACCUUGCUCGCAUCUGGGGUCAUAGGGUUGUCGCCAGGUUUCUGAAGAACGCCAUGUGGCAGAGGGAUAAAAAGGAAGACAUGGAGAGACGAAAAGCACUGCAGAAUCUCAGACAGGAUCUCAUCAGGAUGUACCGGAGUGUAGCGGGCAAGGAGAAGGUCAUCCUCACAUUUCCAUGGUGGUUUCAGGUGGCCAGAGAGGCUAUAAAUGAGCAGAAAGUGUCUGAGUGGGCUGAGAAGAAGGGGCUUCCUUUACUCAUGACUCCUGUGAGGGGCUCAUGGACAUUAAGCCCUGGCCCCUGCUUAUCUACCGAGCCUCUGAAAACAAAAAGUGAAAAGAAACGCCACCCAAGUGCACAAAGAGAAGCAUGGAACAUCUCCCCUAACCCAUCCAAACCUCCUCCAGCUAGCAUCAUUAGGCCACAGGAGGUGCGAAUGGGAAUCCAUCCAGAGAAAGCACCACCAGAGCCGGAUCUGCAUCAAAGGGUGACGCUGGGGUGUUAUGGGGAUGGCCACAUCCACUACACUACAUCAUGGGACAAGGUUCCACAGCCAGUUCCUGCCCUGCCACUGGACGUCAUUAAGAAGGGUCUGUUUCCGUCCACUUUCCUCUCCAGAAUCACUUCUCCACUGCAAUUCCAGGCUAGCAGUGUGCUGGACCUGCCACAUCAAGGUUGCACCACCCGACCAGGAGCUUCACCAUGGACUGAAGUGGCAAUGCACCUGGCAGAAGAGCUGGAGCUGGGCCAUUACUAAUAGUAAAUGACUACUUUCUAAGCCUGGAGUCCCCCUGCCCAGCAUAUUUUAGUGUUUUCCAGCACACACUUUAACUGAGGAUUUUGUUCAUUAAUCUAUCCGUGUUCUGUCCCCAAGGUUGGUCAAGGCAAAAAACUCUAACUCUAAACUCAGUCUAUCCUGACAGCACGACCUUUCACAGUAAUCAAAAUAAAUACAACAGAAUCUAAAUGAAGAAAUUUUGCUAAACUUGUAGUGCACUUGAAUUUCUCAUUAUGUUUACUUUGUGUUUUUGCAAGUGCUCUUGGAAGCUUGUC